AUGGCCGCGCCCACGCACUCCCUCGACUACGCGGGCUGCAACUUCUUGCGCCAGCGGCUGAUCCUGGCCACGCUGAGCGGGCGCCCCGUCAAGAUCCGCAAGAUUCGGCCCAGGGACGACAGCCCGGGCCUCCGAGAUUUCGAAGCCAGCUUCAUCCGGCUGUUGGACAAGAUAACCAACGGUUCUCGAAUCGAAAUAAACCAAACAGGCACGACCUUGUACUACCAGCCCGGCCUCCUGCACGGCGGCUCCCUGGAGCAUGACUGCAGCGUCCUGCGUGGCAUCGGCUACUACCUGGAGGCCCUGCUCUGCCUGGCACCCUUCAUGAAGCGGCCGCUCCUAGUGGUGCUGCGGGGCGUGACCAACGACCAGGUGGACCCCUCGGUUGAUGUUCUUAAGGCAACAGCCAUCCCUCUCCUGAAACAGUUUGGGAUCGAUGGCGAAUCCUUGGAGCUGAAGAUUGUGCGGCGAGGGAUGCCCCCCGGAGGCGGCGGCGAAGUGCUCUUCUCCUGCCCCAUCAGGAGAGUCCUGAAGCCCAUUCUCCUCACGGACCCCGGGAAAAUCAAGCGCAUCCGUGGAAUGGCCUACUCUGUCCGAGUGUCCCCUCAGAUGGCCAACCGGAUCGUGGACUCGGCCAGGAGUGUGCUCAACCGGUUCCUCCCCGACAUCUACAUUUACACGGACCACAUGAAAGGAGCCAGCUCCGGGAAGUCUCCGGGCUUUGGGCUGUCCCUUGUUGCUGAGACCACCAAUGGUACCUUCCUCGGUGCUGAGAUGGCCUCCCGCCCUCAGGGCCAGGGCACGGCAGUGCUCCCCGAGGACCUGGGCCGUGACUGUGCCAGGCUGUUGCUGGAGGAAAUCUAUAGGGGUGGCUGUGUGGACUCGACCAACCAGAGCCUGGCCUUGCUGCUCAUGACCCUUGGACAGCAGGACGUUUCCAAAGUCCUCUUGGGACCACUCUCCCCCUACACGUAA